UGGUCCUUGUCCUUCAUUCUCAUGAGACUGGUAUGCAUCAAAUGGAAUAUUGCUUACCAUUUUACCUUUUUCCAGAUUCCAGUCUCGUGUUACAUAUACUCCCAUCUUUUUUGGCCAUUUUAGAUUUAGUCUGUAACAGAAAUGGUAAUUGUUGGGUGAGCUCGUAAAUUGCGUACCAUUUUAUGUGCUACAAGGCACUCAAUCCAGUUUUUCUGUCAAGUUGUGAACACCCGAGGGAGUCUUUGUUUUUCCAGUUCCCAAGUUUUUUUUAUCCCGGCUUCCCUGCUUGUAACUUUGGUCUUCAGAUGAAGAAUCUGUCAGCCUGUGGUCGACACCAAGGCAUCCACCCCCCAUGCGAGAAAAAAACCCUGAAAUACCCAGGGUAGUUUUCAAGUUGGUGAAAAAGCUUUUUCUUUUAAAAGUAAUAUUUUUGUAGCACCGUUAUUUGAUGAGCUACUUUCUGACACUUUGUUUAUGGAUUGUUUUCUACUUUUCCUCAGCUCCUGAAGUUUUGAUGGGAAAGCCGUAUGACACACAAUGUGAUAUGUGGGCAGUUGGUGUUAUUGCAUAUAUAUUGUAAGUUUUACUGUUUUAUCUCAGUUUAAUUUUUAUGAAAUGCAUAUGACAUCUUCCGUACGAUCAGUCUCACAAAUCUUGUACGUACACAGAAGUGUUUAUUUUUCUUGACUUUGUGUUUAUUUUAGUUAUUUUAGCCGGGUACGUCAAAGGAAAGUUCUGUGUAAACGAGGACAAUCAGAUUAAUAUCAUUAUACCACCAGCCACUGAACGUCUGGGAUUUCCUUCGUAUCAUAUCUUUAUUUAUGAGUGUUUUAGUAUACAAUUCAUUUCACAAGUAAAAGUCCUUGAUUAAGUUGUUUUUGUUUUAAAUAAUUCAGAUUGUGUGGUUUUGAACCUUUUUAUGAUGAGCGUGGUGAUCAAGCCAUGUUUCAAAGGAUUUUAAAGUGUGAUUUCGAGUUUGUAGCGCCAUGGUGGGACGAAGUGUCAGAGAACGCAAAGGUAGGUCGAAACCUCACUGUGGAACCUUUAUACGCCCUGCUGUGGGCUUUCUUAAAUUUUCACUGAAUUUUACGCGCCUUUAUAUUAGUACAUCUACAUGUAAUUUUUUUCCUUUUUUGUAAGCACUGAGACUUGUUUAUUUGCAUUAUUGUUUUGAGCUCACUACAAACCUCGAAAUUUAAAAUAAGCUUAAGUUCCCCACUAAACGAUCAAACAUUUUUGUCCAACGUUGAAUUUGUGAUGGAUGGAAUGUAUUUGGUGAAAAUGUUUGAUGUAGAUCAAACACUGAAAGCCAUCCCAUGUUGAGAGAGGCGCGGCUAAACGGUAAAGCAUAUGUUCUUCCAACACGGUGUAGGACGAAACGGUUUGAUCGUUUAACGGGAUUCAUGAGCUUAAUAAGCUUAAAUUCAGUCUUAACUGUUUCAUCGUUAGGAUCUUGUCAGGAAAUUAAUUGUUUUGGAUCCUAAAAAGAGAUUAACGGCAAAAGAAGCUCUCAAGCAUAAGUGGGUGCAGGUAAAAACAACAGCAGACACAUUAUAUUUAGACAGUAGUUUGACUCUUCUUACUUGUUAGAUAGCCUUGUAAGUGUUCCUUCUUGCCGCCAGUGGGCAGUGCCGCCAUGUUUACUGAGUUUUGACUGGAAGCUGGGAGCUUGGGCCGAGGUGGGCAAGGUUACUUGUGAUUUCGUACGAUCCUCCCACUUCCCAGGAUCAGUCAAGCCUCAGACAGGGCGAGAAAGGUUGAGAUAAGUAAAGAUAAAGCUCUUUCGCCCGUAACUCGUAACGGUUCUUAAACUAACAAACCUGAGACCGACUUCGCGCUUAUUUUACCCCCUCUUCUCUCCAUCAGUGCUUCGUUUUACGGCAUUUAAAGCUACAGAGAAAGGAAACAAGGAUUCGAGUUCACACCUGUGAAUUGAACGCGGAACAUCCCGUACAGAAGGCCAGGCACCAACCGACACUGCUAAUCCUUGCUCCUAUGAGUUUUAGGCCGCUUGAGUGGUUUCUUUACCAUUUCUUUAUUUAUUUAUUUUGAAACUUGCGAUAUGUCCUCUCCGGAAAUGUGAUUUUAAAAUGUAAAUUGCCAUUAGCAAGGUCCAGCAAUGACGAAUCCGGGAGAGUUAUUGACCUAGCCGUGAUGUCAAUUUAACCGCAUAUGUCUCGGACUUGCAUGGACUUGCUUAGUGUCAUCUUUAAAACGCUUUGACUGGAUAAUUUGGUCAUUUCUUGUAGGGUCAUGCUGCUAAGAAAGACAAAAUGGACAAGAAGUACUUUGAUAAACUUAAAGAGUUCAACGCUAGGCGAAAGCUCAAAGGCGGAAUGUUGGCUAUAACAGCUCUUACCUCGACAUUUUAUAAAGCAAAAGGAAAGAAAUAGCUAGCCCCUCGGUGAAGCUGAGGGAAAAAACUAAUGAAGUAAACUUAUUGUAUGAGGUGCCAUCAGCAGUUCUAAGUAGGGACUUGCCAAGCUGAGUUGUUCUUCUCUGAAUAUUCCUUACUCAAUAGUGCACAAGGUCAACUUUUUUUUCAAUUUACUGUACUUGAUGUUAUGUUGGCGUUAAUAGACCUUUCCAUGUUGUUUUUUUUUUUUACUUUUGACAUGCACUAGUAAGGAAAAAUCCGUCGACACCACUAGAAAGAGCACCUUAAAAUUAUAACACCUGUUAAGUUUGAAAGUGAUACGUCUUAAACGAGCGGGUGGGGGGAGGGGGGCGCGUAUAUUUAGUACUAAAAUGACGUCAUCAUGCAAAUGGCCUAUUACAUUAUCUUAGAGUUGCAUUUUUCUGGCAACUUGCCUGCCCAGUAGCAGAUCUUGCAACCUUUUUUUAAAACUUUUUACCAGGUAUGAAACAGUACAGUCAGUGUUGACACUGCAUGGAGUAGUCUACAGCGCUUAGGGCUCUCAUGUUUCAGUGGACACUCGAUAAUAACGAAGUGUCAGCAGACUGACAAAAUAUGUUCGCUAUAACGAGGUUUCGUUAAACUGAGGUUUUUUCCAUAUGUUGUACUAUUACAGGGACAAAAUAAAAAUAUUUAAUUAUUCCUCGAACCCAAAUGGCCUAUUGACUCAGAGGCCAUGAAGGGGGAGAGGAAUAAUUGUUUUAGUAAAAUCCAACUAGUUGGUCAAAAAUAUCGAGAAUAAAAAAAUUUUGGCUAGUUAAAGCUGGACUUAAAUCUUUUUUUUGCCGCCAAAAAGCCCGCGCUUUUUGCUACUAGUGGGCUAUAAUACAUAGCCUAGUAGUAGCUCAACCAAUCAGAACGCAGCAUUGAUAAUAGACCACUAGUUGGAUUUUACUAAUGAUCGUUAUACCGAGGACUUCGUUAUGUUGAUGAGGCUUGUUAUAUCGAGGUUCCACUAUAUUUUCGAAUUACAGUUGCACUUUUAGCCACGAUUUUACCUCUUCGAUUCAGCCUGAAGGUUCAUUUUUUUUUUGUUUUUUCCGGCCUUUUCGUCCAUAACCUCCACGCUAGAUUUGCAGAUUAACUUAGAGUAGACUGUUCGAAGGGAUGUUACCAAAACGGGGAGCGGGAAACGGGAAAUUGAAAAAAUGGAUAGAAUUGGCAAUCAAGUUACUGACAGGGCUAGGGUUCUAGUUACGUUUUGUUCCCAAUUUUCAUUUUCUCGUUCCCCGCUCCCCGUUUCUCUUUUACUAACAUCCCUGCUCGGAGCCCUCAAUUCUCAUAUUUUAAUUUGACGAACGCGUGAAUUAGACACAAUUGCCAGUGGGAAACGCGAGGGGCUGGGGGGUGGGUCCGGACCUCUAGACCCUCGUCGUACCCCUGGAUCCGCCUUUGUUCAUGUAUUGGAUGCUGGUAGUUUAGGUUGUAAC